UUCUCUCAUAUAAUCAAACAUUAAAGUCCCCAACCGGUAAUAAACAUUGAUCACGCACUUUGCUCAACAUGGCUGCGACCCGCAUAGCUUCCUCCUUAUUUUCUUCUUCAAUCAACACUACUGUCAAAAAUUGCUUCGCUUCAAAAACCAUAAUAGACCCUCCUCUCAUAGCAAUAUCCUCAAAUCGCAAGUUAUCAUCACUGACCCAGUGCUAUUAUUUUGUGGAACCUUUGUCAUUAAUUGGUGUUACUAAGUUAUGGACGCCUAAAACUUCAGCAGCCGUUGUUGUUUCACAAGAAGAAAUUGCUUUGUCUGAUGAUGCGGGCUUAGUUGAAGAGGAAAAAGAAAGGCAAGUGUUGGGAGAACAGCAACAAGAUGAUUCUGCUGAGUCCUCUGUCAACACUAAGCUUUACUUUGGAAAUUUGCCGUACAGUGUUGACAGUGCACAACUUGCGGGUUUAAUUGAGAGUUAUGGAAGUGCAGAACUAAUUGAGGUUCUCUAUGACAGGGACACUGGAAAAAGCAGAGGCUUUGCAUUUGUGACAAUGAGUUGCAUUGAAGAUUGCAAUGCAGUAAUACAAAAUCUUGACGGAAAAGAAUUCUUGGGCCGAACUUUACGGGUAAACUUCGCUGACAAACCAAAACCAAAAGAACCAUUGUACCCUGAAACUGAGCAUAAGCUAUUUGUUGGAAAUCUGUCAUGGUCAGUAACUUCUGAGAGCCUUACAGAAACGUUUCAAGAAUAUGGAACUGUGGUUGGAGCUAGGGUCUUGUAUGAUGGCGAAACAGGAAGGUCACGCGGCUAUGGCUUCGUUUGCUAUUCGACAAAGGCAGAAAUGGAAGCUGCCCUUACAUCUCUGAAUGAUGUGGAACUAGAGGGACGGGCAAUGCGUGUAAGUGUGGCGCAAGGUAAGCGUUCGCAAGGUUAAUAGCGCUAAAACUUGGACAUGGUGUCAGUUGAAUGAGAAGGGAAACCUUGAAACUUAUGAAGAGAAAUGCUUUUUGUCUUGUCUACGUAUCAUUUCCUACCGUUUCCAAAAAUUCUACUAUGCAACAAUAUUUUGUGUAACAUAAUGUUAACAUUGAUUUUAUGUUAUUUCUUUCUUGGCCGACUACUAUUUAUUCAUUGAAUCACAUCAUCUAUUCGAUGUAACAAUGCCGGAAUCAUUCAGCAUCUUAAAAGAUGUAAUUUUAUUACUACAA